CAAGAAGCAAAAAUAAAAGGGAGGGCAGAGACGGAGACGUGAUUUAUUUGGCUUCCACCGACGUGAUCGGGUGUCUGCGCGGGCUGCGACCAUGAUGGCGGCGGAAGUGGGGAAUGAAUGCCUGCUGGCGGCCGCCGUGACGGUGACGGCUCCGGGCGGCGAUGGGGAGACGGUCGCCUUCCAGUCCCCGCCGCAAGAAGUGGCCGGGUUCGGCCCGCUGCCCGGCCUGGAGGCCGAGUCGACGUCGCCGGCUUCGGCCCUGGUCUCGCUGCUGUCGGACCCGGUGGCGGCCGCCGGCCCCUCCGCCGCCGCCGCUGCCCCCCUCCCCUUGCCACCGGACGAAGUGGAUUCUUUCGACGGCCAUGAAUUCGAAGAGGAAGAAGUGGAGAUCCCGCUGAUGGCACCCCCGACCAACCAGUGGUAUCAUGGAAAAUUGGAUCGUACAAUCGCUGAAGAGCGGCUUUGUCAGGCAGGUCGACCAGGAAAUUACCUCAUUAGAGAAAGUGAUCGAAGACCAGGUUCAUUUGUGCUUUCGUUUCUAAGUAAAACAGGCGUGGUCAAUCAUUUCAGGAUCUUUGCAAUGUGUGGAGAUUAUUACAUUGGAGGACGACGGUUUUCCUCGCUUUCAGAUCUGAUUGGUUAUUAUAGUCAUGUGUCCUGCCUAUUGAAAGGAGAGAAGCUUUUGUUUCCAGUUGCACCUCCAGAGCCUGUUGAAGACAGGAGGAGAGUUCGAGCUGUUUUACCAUACACUAAAGUACCAGAUACAGAUGAAAUUAGUUUUCUAAAGGGAGAUAUGUUUAUUGUUCACAAUGAACUGGAUGAUGGAUGGAUGUGGGUGACUAAUUUACGAACUGACGAGCAAGGCCUCAUUGUGGAAGAUCUGGUGGAGGAGGUGGACCGUGAAGAAGAUCCGCACGAAGGAAAAAUUUGGUUUCGUGGGAAGAUAUCAAAGCAAGAGGCAUAUCAUCUACUAAUGACAGUGGGUCAAAUAUGUAGCUUUCUUGUAAGACCAUCAGAUAAUACGCCGGGCGAUUACUCUCUUUAUUUUCGGACAAAUGAAAACAUUCAGCGAUUUAAAAUAUCUCCAACAUCAAACAAUCAGUUUAUGAUGGGUGGCCGGUAUUACAACAGCAUAGAGGAGAUCAUUGAGCACUAUAGGAAGGAACAGAUUGUUGAAGGUUAUUAUCUUGAAGAUCCUGUCCCCCUGCUGAAUCAAGAGCAAGUUCUCGAUGAUUCUGUUGAUGGUAGAGAAAUAUACAAUACAAUCCGGCGCAAGCCAAAGGAUGCACUUUAUAAGAAUAUAGUGAAGGAUGGCUACCUCUGGAAAAAGAGCAAAAGUAAACGAUGGAAAAACUUGUACUUCAUCUUGGAGGGGAAUGACUCCCAGCUAAUCUAUUUUGAAAGUGAAAAGAGAGCCACAAAGCCAAAAGGAUUAAUUGACCUCAGUGUUUGUACUGUGUAUGGAGUUCAUGACAGUCUGUUUGGCAGGCCAAACUGUUUUCAAAUAGUAGUGCAGCACUUUAGUGAAGACCAAUACAUCUUCUAUUUUGCAACCGAAACUCCAGAACAAGCACAGGAUUGGAUGAAAUGUCUGCAGGCAUUUUGCAAUAACUUAAAGAAACCUCUGGCACCAGCUUCUAAUAAACGUCUUCGACAGGUCAGUAGUCUGGUUUUGUAUGUGGAAGAAGCCCAUAAACUACCAGUGAAAUAUUUCACACACCCUUACUGUAAUAUCUACUUAAACAGUAUUCAGGUAGCAAAAACUCAUGCCAGGGAAGGCCAGAAUCCUGUAUGGACUGAAGAAUUCGUUUUUGAUGAUCUUUCAUCAGAUAUAAAAGUAUUUGAAAUUAGUCUCAGUAACAGAACGAAGAAGAGCAAGGAUCCUGAUAUCUUAUUUAUGCGCUGCCAGUUGAGUAGGUUACAGAAAGGACAGUUGAUCGAUGAGUGGUUUCCUCUCAGUUCACAUUUUCCACUAAAAGGAAUUGAGCCUGGAUCUCUACGUGUAAGAGCACGAUAUUCGUUGGAAAAAAUAAUGCCAGAAGAGGAAUACAGUGAGUUUAAAGAGCUUAUUCUUCAGAAAGAAUUUCAUGUGAUAUAUGCAUUGUCACAUGUGUGUGGCCAGGAUCGCACACUACUGGCCAGUAUUCUGCUAAGAAUUUUUCGGCAUGAGAAGCUUGAGUCGCUGUUACUACGGAUAUUAAAUGACAGGGAAAUUAGCAUGGAAGAUGAAUCUACCACACUCUUCCGUGCCACAACUUUGUCAAGCACACUUAUGGAACAAUACAUGAAAUCAACAGCAACACCAUUUAUCCAUCAUGCUCUGAAAGAAACCAUUUUAAAGAUAAUGGAGAGUAAACAAUCAUGUGAGCUAAAUCCUUCUAAACUUGAAAAAAAUGAAGAUGUGAACACUAAUUUGGCACACCUAUUAGGUCUCCUAUCUGAAUUGGUGGAAAAAAUUUUCAUGGCUGCAGAAGAACUGCCUCAGUCUUUAAGGUUUAUUUAUGGAUGUUUACAAAAAUCUGUCCAGCAGAAAUGGCCAACAAAUCCCACUAUGAGAACUAGAGUUGUCAGUGGAUUUGUUUUCUUGCGGUUGAUUUGUCCAGCUAUCCUCAAUCCACGGAUGUUCAAUAUCAUUUUGGAUCCUCCUUCCUCUACUGCUGCAAGGACUCUCACACUUGUUGCAAAGUCUCUUCAAAACUUAGCAAACCUGGUGGAAUUUGGAGCUAAGGAACCCUACAUGGAAGGUGUAAAUCCAUUCAUCAAAAGCAACAAGCAUCGAAUGAUUAUGUUCCUAGAUGAAUUAGGGAAUGUCCCUGAGGUUCCUGACACUACAGAGCACUUUAGGAUUGAUUUGUCUCGUAACCUGGCGGCAUUACAUGAAGUUUGUGCGGCACAUUCGGAUGAACUUCGCACCCUAAGUAAUGAACGGGGAGUCCAGCAGCAUGUCUUGAAGAAGCUUCUGGCCAUUACAGAAAUGUUACAGCAGAAGCGAAACCACUAUUCUGCAUCCAACAGGUAGCAGAUUUCAUAUUCGGAGAAUUCUGCAUGGAUCAGCGUGUCCCAAGGUUAUCAUUGGACAACCUACUGCAAUCUCACUUCCUUGUGUACUUGUGAUAAAACACCCAUGUACAACAUUCCUUUUGUCGUGCAAACUAUGCAACAGAAAAAAAGCUGGUUGAUGUUUUCACCAGUAACUUUGUAAGCUAUUUGUGCAGGUCACCUCUUGCACUUCCUUCUCUGAACCAAUCACUAGCUGUUGAGCCUUGAUGUACAAGUCACCAUUCACAAAGCUAGGUGGAUUGACAAUAGACUUUUAAGGCGUUUAAUAUUUCAAUUUGCCAAAGUUCCCAGGAUCUAUCAAGAGCUGCAGUAUCAAAUGCCAGUCAACUGACAAGGUGAAGAAUCAAGUUGAAUUACCUGUUGUGUAACUGGAUUAUGGGCUGUAAAGUGUAAUAUACUGUAAUUUCUGACUGACUACUUUUAUGGUUAAGAUUGCUUACGUCUUUAUUCUCUGGUUAUAUUUACAGUUUAUUGGAAAUGUCUUUAAAAUACCAAGAUUCCUCACUAAAGACUGGUUAUUUUUUAUAGAAAAAAAUCUGCAACAAGCAUUCGUUACAUGACAAUGAAUGUGAAGAGAGAUCACAGCAUUUGUUGUGGCACUAAUUUUGAUUGGUUUAAUUACACUGUAUGAUUGACUAAGACAAUGAGAAAAAGCUAUUAAAGUUGUGUAAUCAAAAGCUUUGUAUGUAUCAGGUUUACAACUGUAAACACAUUCAAUAGUUGAAUAAAUUUAUUGAUCAUUUAUUGGAAAAGCAUGCACUUAUUAAACCAUUUUGUAAAGUAGAUUGUUACACUGACUUUUGUUUUAAUAAAUGAAAAGCAAGUGUUGAAUUGAAACUGGUUCAAACCCAUUUAAAUAGACUACUUCAUUAACAUUAGAUGAGAUGCAAUAAUUGUGGAAUUUCAUUAAGGAAAAUUAUUCUGAAUUAUAAGAUGUGAAUAUAGUUUCAACUAAACAUGUAAUUACAGUUUUUUAGCUUUCAUGAUUGUAAAUGAGAGAGAUUUCUAUUUGUUUCCAACAAAGCCCGACAAGUAGGCAGGUAGAUUUCCCUUGGCUCAAAAUAUGUGGUGGGAAAUGAUUUCUCUUUCCUUAUUUUCCUUUUACGGCUUUUCUCUUGUCUCCUGAAUUUCUCCCUUAUGUGCUUAUUUGUUUUCCCAUACUCUAUCUCUUUUAUAUCCACUGAUGACUGUGUUGUCCAAUGGAGAAAAUGUGUUCUUCUGUGACUCUUCCAACACAGGCUUCCCCACGCUUUACUAACAUUGUCCUUUACCUCAUCACCAACUGUUUACAGGUACUUUCUUCAAUUACAACUUCUACUUUUCUGCGUGCACUCCCCUUUCCCUUACUCUGCUGUCACUUUUCAUUACUACUUGCCCCUGAAGGGGAGUGAACUAUGUACCAGAAGUCUCUCUUUACCAUCAGCCUAAUUUUUUGCUUUAUUCCUAUUUCAGGACGUUGGACAUCACUGGCCUAGCCAACAUCUAUUGCCCAUUCCUAAUUUCUCUCGAGGUGGUGGUAGUGAGCCAUCUUCUUGAACCACUUUAGUUGUUGUGGUGCUGGUCCUCCAGAUUGUUGAGCAGAGAAUUUAGUUUGAAGAGGAAAAUGCAGUUGAUUGUGUUCCCAUGUGCCUGCCCUUGUCCUGGAGGGCAGAGUUUGGGAGUUGCUAUCAGAAUACCCUGGGUGAGUUAAUUCCAAGAGGUGAUUUAUAAGAAACAAGGCGGGAUUAUUUUAUUGAGAAGUUUACCUGAGUAGCUGCUGGGCAGCUGAAGGUUUAACCAAGAAAUAUUGGUAAAGGAGAGAAUUAAAAGAAGCCAGUAUUGGAAUGGAAAGUAGAGGUAAUGGAGCAAGGGUGUGGAAAAGCCAUGAAAGGAUGGGAAUUUAAAUAUAAAUUACUUGAGGGAAUUAGAAAUUCAAAUUUUAUUUCUUGACAUGCAAGUGGUACUGGUGGGAGCAGUUACUGUCCAUCACUGGGUGUUCUCAGAAGAGGUGUUGUGCUUUCAUCUAUUGCAGUCUAAGUGCUACCAUGUUAUGAUGGCAUUUCCAGGAUUUUGAUCCAGUGGUAAUGAAGAACAUAGAAGCAGGGGGAGGAUAUAUAGAACAAUACGGGCCCUUCGGCCCACAAUGUUGUGCCGAACGAUAUGAACACCUCCUCCGUGAUCAAUCUCACCCUUCUCUCCUGCACAGCCCAUAAUGCUCCAUUUUUCUUACUUCCAUGUCCCCAUCCAAGAGCCUUUUAAAUGUCCCUAUAUGCCCACUACCAAAGUGAAUUAGUUAAUUUUUUUUUGUAUUUAUUUCACAAGAUGCAUGUGUCACUGAUAGGCCAGCAUGUAUUGCCCAUUUCUCAUUGCUCUUUGAGAAGAUGCUGAUGAGCCUCCUUGAACUACUGGUGAAGCUGUCAGUGUUGUUGGAUGGGAACUUCAAGAUGACAAUGAAGGAAUGACCAUAUUUCCCAGUUAGGAUGAUGUGCCAUUUGGAGGGGAAUUUGCAGAUUGUGGUCUUCUCAUGCACCUAUUGCCCUCGUCCUUCUUGAAGGUAAAAGUCACAUGUGGAAGGUAUUGCCUGAGUAGCCAAGUUAACUGCAGUCACAUUACAGCUUGGUGGCAGGGUUGAAAGUGAUGCCCUCUAGAAGACUUGCUCUUCAAGUCAGGCUUCUUGAGUGUGUUGAAGCAGUAGUUAUCUAAGCAAGUACUGUGUACAGUCACAGUGCCUUGUAAAAGUUAUGCCUUUUAGAUACUGCAAAAACUUUGGGUGUUAAAAGCCAAGUCGCUCACUUUGUAGGCACAGUAUUUAUUUGGUUGGUCCAGUUGAGUUUUUGAUCAAUUUUAACCCCCAGGAUGUUACCGGUGGGAGUCUUGGCAAUACCAUUCAAUAACACGACUAGGUAGUUGAAAUGGUUCUUGUUGGAGAUGGUCGUAGCUGGGCAGAUAAUGAGGACAAAUGAUAUUUGCUAUUUGUCCUGAUGCAGGGUCUCAACUUGAACUGUCGACCAUCCCUCUGCCUCCACAGAUACUGUCUGACCCACUGAGUUCCUCCAGCAGCAUCUGCAGUCUAUGUCUCCGUAUUUGCCAUUUAUCUGCAUGUGCCUGAAUGCUGUCCAGGUCUGCAGGGGUUGCUUCAUUUAGUUUGGAACAUCAAAUGGCUGAUGCUCUGCUUUUCUCCUGAUCACCAUCCCCUUGGUGUCCAAAAAAUCUACCUCAAUUUGUCCUGUAUGAUCUUGGCAACCAAGCAUGCAUGCCCUUCUAUUUUUAAAGAUUCCAGUGAUUUACUCAAUCCUUUAUAAAGAAAUUUCUGAGUUCUGGACUGUCUACCACAAAGAAGUGGCCUCUCUGCAUCUACUGUCUCCCCUCUCUUAAGGAGGAAAUUGUUCUAAACUCCAGGGAGUAUUGGUCAAACUUUUGAUUUUUUAUUGGACACCACCCCCCCCCCCAUCCCAGAAAGCAGUCUUCUAAAUCUACACUGCACUGACUCCAAAGCCAGUACAUACUUCCUCAGGAAAAGAAACUAGAACUGCACAGAGUAUUUCAUUUCACCAAAGUCCAGUACAUUUUAAGCAAGACUUCCUUACUUGCAUACUCCAACUUUUUAACAGUAAAGAUUUGCCUUUGGUUUCUUGCCAGUCCUGCAUAUUUAGUUUCUGUGCCAGAACCAGCAUAUCCUGUUUCAGUGUUUAACUAUUUCUCACUAAAGUGCAUAACCUUUUUACCACACUGAGUCCAUCUCUCCCACUCAUCACCUGCUCCACCUGCCUCUGCCCUUUUGCAAAUCCUAUGUUCUGCUCCACUCACUUUCCUUCAUCAGCAAACUUGGGUACUUUACAUCAUCAUCUCAUCAAAACCCUGAAAAGCUAAGGCCUAGUACAGAGCCCCAUGACACCUUACCGGUAAUAGUCUGCCAACCUGAAAAUGAUGUCCAUGCUUUCUCUGCUCUCUUUAAUUCCCCAUCCCCAUUAGUAUGUUUGGAGCCCUUUUAUAAGACCUUAUUAAAUGCCUUUUAAAACCCAAAUGUGCCACAUCCUCUGGUUCCCCCUGUUCUAGCCUGCUUAACUAUAUCCUCAAAGAAAAAAGCUCUCAUUAAAUGUAUUAGCAUUGUUACCCCCCAACCCCCUAAGUUACCACAUGAUUUUUAUUGUAAUGUACCUGUCCUGAAUCUGUCAUAUCUGUCAGGCUAACUGAUCUACUUUCAUAGAUAAUGGUAUUGCAGUCUGCUGGGAUUAUUGAAAGAUUAUCACUAGUAUAUCCACUAUUUCUGUAAACAUCUCCUUUAGGAUCCACAAUACAUUAGAUUUUAACCCCCUUUGUUUCUUUAGUACUUUCUCUUUAAUGGGAUUAAUUGCAUUUCCCUUAUUCCUGUUUAAUCCCUUGAGUCUUUUUUUGCUGCAUUUGUUAUAUCCCUAUACUGAAAUGACUUGCAAAACACAAUACUUUUCUCAUUUCUUGAUUUGUUCACUUGUAUGUCUCCAAAUGACAUGGUUUUAAUGUUGUUAGACCAUGUUUAAACAGCUGUAGAAACUUUAUUUUAAUGUUUCUUGCUGAUUGACUCGGUGGCCAUGAUCUUGCUGCUUAAAAGGCAGCAGAUGUGGUAGACCUGACAACUUCUAGUUACUUCAUUGGAACACUGCACCCAGCUUGAGGUCCAGACUUUCAUUCCAACUAAUUACUGAUACCAGGACCUCUCUGCUGAGCCUGUACCAGCUUAACAUACUGUAAGUAAAAGGGAUCCAUUGAAAUAACAACAUCAGAAAUAAGAGCAGGAGGCCAUCUGGCCUGUCGAGCCUGUUCUGCCAUUCAAUAAGAUCGUGGCUGAUCUGUCUCUGGACUCAGAUCCACCUACCUGCCUUUUCCCAUAACCCUUAAUUCCCCUACUAUGCAAAAAUCUAUUUAAUUGUGUCUUAAAUAUAAUGAAAUAGCCUCCAGUGCUUCCUUGGACAGAGAAUUCCACAGAUUCAUUACCCUCUGGGGAAAAGCAGUUUUUCCUUAUCUCCGUCCUAAAUCUACUCCCCUGAAUCUAGAGGCUGUCUCCUAGUUCUAGUCUUAUCUACCUGUGGAAACAACCUUGCUGCCUCUAUCUUAUCUUUCCCUUUCAUAAUUUUAUAUGCUUCUAUAAGAUAU